AUGGCCCCGGAUCUCAGCUCGGACGACGAUGACGGUUUCCUGCACGAGGUGCUCGCUGAGGGUCAGUUGGUUGUCAUCUUGGUUGAAAGAGCUGUUGGUAAUUUGGCUGCUCAAGAUCUUGAAACCAAUUACGAAAAGUUCCAUGGGGAGUGUCCUUCAGUCAGGAUCAAGAGGGAGAAAUACACAGACACCGUGCAAAUUUUGAGUCUCCUGAAAGUACCUAAAAUCAAUGAUGGCGCUGGUGAGACGCCACUAGGAAUUCUGGGGCCACGGUCUUCGGAAGACAAAUUCUCUCUCAACCAGUAUAUGCUGGAGACUACUGAAGCUCAGGCGAACGUGAUGAGAGAAAUUGCCAAGGCAGCAACCAGGCAGGUUGAAAUCAAGAUCGGUGCUCACAUGCCAAUCUGUCAAUAUCAUCGCAAAACAGGAAGGAUUCGAACUCCUCGGGAGCACUCAGAUUCGGAGUCCAGCUCAUCAGGUGAUGAUACGGGAUCAAAUGCGGAGACAGAUGGAGAUAAGUCUAUUAUGACUUCGGAAGCCCGAUACUCUCCAUCAUCUUCUGGAUAUCGACAGCAUUGUGAGGCCAAGGUCACUUCCUCGUCCUCUUUUACUCUAUCCGCCGGGAGUAAUGGGCGCUGGAUCAGGACUUCGACCGGCAAAUAUAGUAUCAAUCCAGUGAAGUGCCCACCCUGUGCUAGACGCAAGAAGGGGACAAAAUGCCGUGGCGGGCCACCUUGUCGAGAAUGCUGGAGUAAAGGUCGAAGGAGUGCUGUGUUGUGCCAGGAGUGGAGCGAAGACUGUGAUAUUGAGAUGGAGCAGGAGAUAAGGGAUGGAGAGAACGAGACUCCUCGACUAUGAAACAUACUCGAAGAAUAAAACCAUAGAGAUGGAUAGACGAGGUGUCUUGCAAUAGAUAGAGCGUCUCGAAGCAGGCAGACUAAGAAGUAAAUACUAGGGGUUCCCCAAUUUUUGAGUCACCUCCUGUCCCUCGUCCUCUUCCUCGCUACCUUGCGCAUCUCAACCAUAUGAGCUAAUUACAAGCACAGCCCUUCUCGGGCUUAAUAAAAUGAAGCUAAGCAUGAUUGUACUCUAUGGUACAAUGUGUGCAGUAAGGAUACUGCACACAUGCUCUUGAGAAGUUUAUUCCAGAAACGUGACUAACAACCACAAAUUUCAGUGGAAGAGAUAUUGCAGGUGUAGGGACUAGAGCUGGGCAAUUGGAACCCGGAAUAAUGACUUAGAC